UUUGAUACGAAACUCAUUUCCACCUCUGACUUUCUGCCUGUGAGAAUGUUGCGCCUGUUGAGUAAACGUUUGUAUUGCAAGAUUGCAACAAAAUCUAAUGAAAAGGCUACUAAAUUGGACUUUAAGCAACUGACGCAUCCCACCAAGGUGCCACAGACACCAGUGGACUCCGAGUUUCCAGACACCAGCUCUUCCGAAGUCCAGAUCGACACGAAAACCAUACAGUUGCUGGAGCGGCUUUCGCUGGUGGAUCUGGAUAGCGAACGGGCACUCGCCACGCUGAAGAGCAGCAUUCAGUUCGCAGACAAGAUUGCCCACAUCAACACGGAGCACGUGCGUCCACUGUACACGGUGCUGGAGCAUCAGCAGCUCCAGUUACGCAACGACCAGGUGACCGAGGGUGACUGCCGGGCGGAAGUGCUCCGGAACGCCAAGGUGACGGACGAGGACUACUACGUUUCGCCGCCAGGCAAUAUUCCGCUGGAGCAAUGAGCCGGGUGCAGCGAUGCUUCAAGUCCCUGGCUUCAGCUGGUUUCUUUCGCACCCAGGAAGAUAAUAAGUUGGAGCUACUUAGUCAUGGAAGGGAAUACGCCAAGCUGCUGCAACAGCAUUGGACACGACUCCGUCCAUUGGCUGCUCACCUAGAGGUCACGAAUGAACCUAUCAAUACACUAGCCAUCCACCGU